UAGAAUUUAAAGUUUUAUUUUGGGGCCAGUGUUGUAUUACGACAACAACCUGUUGACGCGUCUGGGCGAAUGGUGGUCGGUAUUCGUGGGUGUGGGACAGCAGCUGCUUUGUUUACAUUCGCAAUUGAUUGGAAUACAAUUAACCGGGGCUCGCUGCAAAAAAUGCUGCAAAAUAUUUGCCGCAUCUGUGAAAUUGAUACUGAUGCAUCUCAGGCAAAAAACCUCUUCGAUAGAAGCUCUCGCCAGCUUUUGAAACAAAUACAACUACUCACCGGAGUUUCUUUAGAAGACAAACCAGAUUUACCUGAGGUUAUAUGCAACGUCUGCCAAAAUGAUUUGAAGUGUGCCAUAGAAUUUCGAGAUCGUUGCCUACGCAGCCACAAAAGAUGGAUGCAGCAUCCAAAGGGAAUAUCCAGCCCUGCACCAACGAGUCCAUCUUCCACACGCGUGAUUUGUGUACGUCGGAGUGCACGCACUCGUGUACGUUGUGCGAGCGGAGACGAGGCGACGGAAGCACCGUUGAGUCCCAUUGAAGUGCUAAUCAAAGUGGAGCACCCGAACAGUCGUGUUGAAGAUGACAGUGUGGAUCAUUUGGAUACAGAAACUUGCAAUGACGCGGCGAUCGCCUCCUCGAUGGAGGAUGAAAGCUAUGUACCUUCCAUCGAAACCAAACGACGUCGGCGAUUGGCGAAAAGCACCAAUUCGAAGGAGACUAGCAGUAAGCAAAAGCUGCCUGUAUUCUUCUGUGAUCAAUGCGGUAAUAACGUCACGGGCAAGUCAGCCUUUGACCGACAUUUGCGUAAACAUAAGGGCAUAAGACCCUUCCAGUGCGAGCAGUGCUCAGCACGAUUUCUCUCAUCCGGCGAGCUGAAGGGUCAUCAGGUGAUGCACACUGGAGAUCGCAAGUUUUCAUGCCGCUAUUGUGAUCGGACCUAUGUAAACUACAGCGGAAGACUGCGUCACGAGCGCACCCACACCAAUGAGCGUCCAUUCGUCUGCGCACACUGCGGCAAGGCGUUCACCAAUUCCUAUAUACUGAAAAAUCAUAAUCUGGUGCACACGGGCGAGCGUUUGUUUAGAUGCGACUUAUGUGAACGAUCUUUUUCACGGCCAACUCAUCUGAAGACUCAUUAUCGCUCCAAUACCCACAAGCAGAAUGUGGAAAAGUCAUGUGCGUCACAGCAGCUGGCGGUCAACUCGAACGACUUGGACCCUAUAAAUGGAGUAAUCUUGCCACUAUCUAAUCCUGUUACAGUUGAAGUGCCUUUAAAGCAGUGAAGCUAUAAUUCCCAAUUUUCUAAUUAAAUUCAACGAUGAACCGUU